UCGGCACUCAAGGCGUUCUUUUUUUUGGGAAUUGGUAUCAUCGCAUCAAGUGGAUUAGUGGUCAGCAUGAAGGUCUUCGUUUGCAUGUGUGCUCUGUUCGCUGUGGCCAACGCCGGCUUCCUGGGUCUCCUGGGAGGCGGCGGCGGUGGCGGCGGUGGUGGUGGCGGCGGUGGCGGCCUCAAGGCAGGCAUCAGCAUUGGCGGCAAUGGAGGAGGCGGUGGCAACGGAGGCGGUUACUCCGGCGGCGGCGGUGGUGGUGGCUACCAUGGCGGUCACGGCGGACACGGUUCCAGUGGCCCAGUUCAGGUGGUCAAGGUUAUCCACCAGCAGGGCGGUGGCAGCGGCGGCGGCUACUCUGCCGGUGGCUACUCCUCCGGCGGCGGCGGCGGCUACUCUUACGAGGCUGCUCCCCAGGUCUUCAAGGUGAAAGUCAUCUCCGGUGGCAGCAGCGGCGGCGGCCAUGGCUAUGGACCCGCUCCUGCACCCGUCUACCUGCCACCUGCCGGCCCAGCUCCCUCCUCCGUGAAGGUGAUCAAGGUCCUGCAGGAGUCUGCUCCCUUGGUCAGUGCCCCGCUGGUCGAGAGUGCCCCACAGAUCGUCAAGGUGGUGAAUGUGGCCUCUGGACCUGCUCCAGGACCUGCCUUCAUUGGCGGCGGCGGUGGCGGCUACUCUUCGGGCGGCGCCGUCUCCCAGGUCAUCAAGGUUGUCCACGAGAGCCACGACAGCGGUUUCUCCUCGGGUGGCUACUCCUCGGGCGGUGCCGGUGCCACCAAAGUGGUACGCGUGAUCCACGAGCACUCAGCUCCGGCUGCCGGACCAGCCUACGCUCCCAUUGAUGUGCCCGGCCCAGUGGCUUCGCCUGUGGCCUCUUACCUGCCCCCUGUUCAGGAUAUCGCUGCCCCGGCUCCAGUCUAUGCUGCUCCUGCCCCGGCUCCAGUCUAUGCUGCUCCUGCCCCAGCUCCAGUCUAUGCUGCUCCUGCCCCGGCUCCAGUCUAUGCUGCCCCUGCUCCCGUAUACUCCGCACCAGCUCCUGCUCCUGUGUAUUCCGCACCAGCUCCUGCUCCUGUGUACUCUGCACCAGCCCCGGCUCCCGUGUACUCUGCCCCAGCACCUGCUCCUGUGUAUGCCGCCCCAGCACCGGCUCCUGUCCUGAGCGUGCCCCAUCCCGCGCCAGCACCUGUCUUUGCCCCAGAGGAGCAGGUCCUGCCCGUGGGCCAUGCCCCUGCCCAGACCUACGGCCCACCUGCCUACUAAACACACACAAACAUGCACAAAGAGAGCAAGCAGGAGAGGCCACAGAUGCACACACACACAUCUCCGAAGUACCUUCCUGCUAACUGCAUCGAGAGAGCAUAAUUACCAUUCCUACACAACGCCAUGAGUUUAAUUUAAGACAUUUUUUUUACCAUGCAUUUUUUUGUUAGAAAAUAUACACAUAGAAAAAUCCCAAAAAAAAAAAAAAAAAAAAAAAAAACUU